AUGACGCUAACGCUGUGGGGAGUGGUGAGCCCCGAGAACGCCCGCAUGCACAAGAUCCUGGUCGCUGCGGCCUUCGCCAACGUGCCCGUGACGGUGAAGCCGUGCGAGUACGGCCGCGAGAACGAGACGGCGGAUUACUGCCGCAACUGCAGCCCAUGCGGCCGCUACCCCGUGCUGCAGACGGAGGACGGGUACAUCUUCGAGUCGAACGCGAUCCUGCGCCACAUUGCGCGCGUGGACCGGAGCAGCAGCUUCCUGUACGGCCGCACGCCGUUCGAGGGCAGCCAGGUGGACAUGUGGCUCGACUUUGCGGCGACGGAGCUGGACGCGGCGGUGAUGCCGUUCGUGUUCAACUUCUUCAGAGGCGUGCCGAUCGCCGCCGGUGCGAUGGACCGCGUGCACGAGGUGCUGAAGGGACUGGACGCGUGGCUUGAGACCCGCACGUUCCUCGUGGGCGAGCGCAUGACGGUUGCCGACAUUGCCGUUGCGUUUGCGCUGCAGUGGCACUACCGCCUGAACCGCGCCGAGGGCGAGGCGCUGACGCGGCAGUACAAGAACGCGUACCGCCUGUACAACACGGUGAUGCAGCAGCCAAAGACGGUGGAGGUGCUGCGGGCGCAGGGCGCGACGUUCGGGCCGGUGAAGGAGGAGAAGAAGAAGGACGCGGCCGCCGCGCCGGCGAAGGCGGAGAAGAAGCCGAAGGCCGCUGCCAGCAGCGCGAAGGACGGGGAUGACGAGGACGAGGCGCCGAAGGAGAAGAAGAAGCCGAACCCGCUGGAUGAGCUCCCACCCAGCCCAUUUGUGCUGGACGCCUUCAAGCGCGAGUACAGCAACACGGACACACGCACAGUCGCGGCGCCGUACUUCUUCCAGCACUACGACCCCGCCGGCUACACGACGUUCUGGUGCCGCUACAAGUACAACGAGGACAACAAGAUGCAGUUCAUGACGGCGAACCUCAUCCGCGGGUGGUUCCAGCGCAUGGAGCACACACGCAAGUACGCCUUCGGUGUGGCGCUCAUCAUUGGUGAGGAGAAGAAGCACGACAUUGUGGGCAUGUGGGUGUUCCGCGGCAAGGGCAUGCCCGAGAUUGUGCGCGAGGUGGAGGACACGGAGCUGUUCGACUGGGAGGAGAUCCCCGACGUGACGGCGCAGCGGGAGCGCAUCACGGACUACCUGUGCUGGGAGGGCCCAACGAUCCCGAAGCCGGUGCUGGAGGGACGCGUGUUCAAGUAA